ACACCCUUAGAUUCGUCUCCCUCCCGCAGAUACUGCAGGUGCUGGUGGCGGUGUUGCGGUCGCUGCCAUCCUCCUCGUACUGGGUAGAAAACCUUCUGGUGGACUUCGACUGCGGUAACCUGGCGGACACGAUGGACAGUAUAUGUCUCACCUUCAACGAAUACAACGAUACUCAUCUGCACUAUGCGGCCAGAGCGGUGAGAUCGGCGAGUGGUGAGGCUCCAGCAGCCACUGUGACGAUCCUGGACCCCAGAAGCCAUGCCGGGCUUCCUCAUGAACAAGCCACACACCUGUCCGGGUUCGAUCAGUUGUACCAUGCACAAGUCAGGCACCUGGCCGGGCUUUCUCAGCUGUACCAUGCACAAGCUAGACACCACCCCGCUGAGGACAUCACUCUUGUUGACCAAGUUAGCACUGAUGAGGAUCGGAAGAUGGCGUUGCUGAGCCGCCAGGCCGCUCACACCUUCGUCAAGACACAGACCCGCCGCCAUCGCCGUCAAGCCAACACAGACAACCAUGUUCGCUUCAACAUUCAGGACGAGUGUUGCAAUUAUAUGAGACCCAGGACCUGCGUCCUGGAGGAGAUCACAGAGUACUGUGUCGAGCCGGAGGACGGCGCCUUGCUCACCUGGUGAGGUGAGGGAGCCUCCAGAAGCCAUACUACCCGGCCCAAGGGGGGUAGAAAUAGCCUAAGCUACUCUAUCCCUUUGAGAUGUAUAUUUUCUUGUCUCAAUAAACAUACUUGAACUUGAA